GGCGGGAGCCGCGGCACUACCCCCCGGCGGCGGCACCGCCGAGCUCCGGGCCGCCCUGAUUAAAGGGGCGGGAGCGCCGGAGGCCGCCUGGGCACGGCACGGCUCGGCACGGCUCGGCACCGCUCGGCUCGGGGCGGCCCCACGCGGGACGAGGUGGGUGGCGAAGCCGUGCGCUCCGGGAGCGGCCCCCUCCGUGCUCUCAGCCCGGGGCCCCACGAUGAGUGGGUGGCUCCUGCUCCUCGCCCUGCUCCUGGCCCCCCCAGCUGCCGCCGCACAGAAGAGGAGCCAAGUGGUGUGUGAGAACGUGCUGGAGGCCGACAUCGCCUUCCUGCUGGACGGCUCGUCCAGCAUCGGCCGGAACAACUUCCGUGCCAUCCGCGCCUUCGUGGAGGACCUGGUGUCACCCUUUGUGCACGUGGUGGGCGAGAAGGCGGUGCGCUUCGCCGUGGUGCAGUACAGCGACGAUCCGCGGUUGGAGUUCGGCUUCUCCCAGCACACCAAUGGCACAGGCAUCCGGAGGGCCAUCCAGCAGCUGAGCUACAAGGGCGGCAACACGCGGACCGGCGCUGGGCUGCGCUACAUCUCUGACAAGUUCUUUGGUCCCACGCAGCUUCGGCCCGGGGUCCCAAAGAUCUGCAUCCUCAUCACCGAUGGCAAGUCUCAGGAUGAUGCUGAGCAGCCGGCGCUGAGGCUGAAGAGCCUGGGCAUCAAGGUCUUUGCUGUGGGGAUCAAGAACGCCGACCGUCAGGAGCUGAUCCGCGUGGCCUCACUGCCCACCGACUCCUUCUUCUUCUACGUGGGUGACUUCAAGCUGCUGGGGACGCUGGUGCCGCUGAUGACACGCAGGGUGUGCACGAGCUCAGGGGGCACCCUACGCACCCCGGAUGGACCAGGCCACGCUGGCCCCUCCAACCUGGAGGUCCUGGAGCGCGGCCCUGAUGUGCUGCGCAUCCGCUGGAGCCCAGCCAGUGGCCCCGUCACCGGCUAUAGGGUGCAGCACGUCCCGCUGACGGGGCUGGGGCAGCCGCUGGUGGCCGAGCGGCAGGAGGUGAGCGUGGGUCCAUGGGAGACGAGCGCUGUGCUGCGGGGGCUGCGCGCAGGGACGGAGUACCUGGUGACCGUCGUAGCUCAGUAUGCCAACAGCGUCAGCGAGUCGGUGUCUGCGCGGGCGCGUACCCAGAGCCGUGGCGGCGUGCAGCAUUUCCACGUGGCCGAGGCCGGGCCGACCUUCCUGAGGCUGUCUUGGCAGCCCGGCCCCGAGCCGCCCCAGGGCUACAUCCUCAGCUACGCUGCGCCAGGAAUGCCCCCGGGUGAGGAGAGGAGCCUGGGGGCUGGCGCUCUGUCAGCCACACUCAGCAACCUGCGACCCAACACCGAGUACGUGGUGACGCUGCAGGCACGCUACGCACAGCAGCCUGCAGCCACCGCCAGCCUCACCGCGCGGACACAGGCAGGCACAGAGCAGACGCUGCGGACCAACAUCUUGAGCCCCACGUCCAUCCAGGUGCUCUGGACUGCUAUCCGUGAGGCCCGAGGCUACCGCCUGGAGUGGAAGAGAGCCACAGGGCCGGAGCCUCCCAGGACAGUGUCGCUGCCCAGCAGUGCCAACACCUACCAGCUGACGGGGCUGCAGCCAGGCACUGAGUACCGCAUCACCCUGUACACACUGUAUGAAGGCGGGGAGGUGGCCACCCCCGUCACCACCUUCCAGACAGGCGUGGAGGUGCCAGUGGGUGCGGUGUCAGAUCUCCGUCUCAUCGAGGAUUUGGGCAGGAGGGUGCGGCUGGGCUGGACCAGCGUCCCCGGUGCCACCGAGUACAAAGUGACACUGCGCAACACCCAGGAUGGCACCGAGAGGACGAGGCGCGUCCCAGGCACGCAGACAGCGCUGGAGCUGGGUGACCUGCGGGAAGGUGUCACCUACCUGGUGCGUGUCUCAGCCCUCGUGGGCAGCCGGGAGGGCAGUGCUGCUGCGCUCAGCAUCCACGUCAAGUUCCCGGCAGUGGGCAGUGUCUCGGAGCUGCGGGUGACAGAGGCCGGCCCAAGCCAGCUGCGAGUAACCUGGAGGGGGCUGCCGGGCGCUGGGGGAUACCGGCUGACAUGGAGGGCCAGUGAUGGUCAGGAGCAGUCCCGCUUCCUCCCUGCUGACCCCACCGCCUUCACCAUCGAGGGGCUGCGAGCUGGCACUGUCUAUGCCAUCGGUGUCACAGCCAUCAUUGAUGGCCGUGAGGGUCCCCCUGUCACUGCCACGGGGAGGACAGCAGCUGAGCAGGUGGGAAUGGUAUCCCGGCUGGAGGUGCAGUCAUCCAGGAGCAAUGUUGCCCGUGUCACCUGGGUCGGCGUGCCAGGAGCCACAGCCUACCGUGUGGUGUGGAGCCGUCGGGAUGGGGGCUCGGAGAGGAGCCAGCAUGUUCCCGGCCACGUCAGCUCCUUUGACAUCCCCGACCUGGAGGGAGGUGUCUCCUACACUGUGAAGGUCACAGCACUCAUCGGCAACCACGAGGGCAACCCUGUGUCCAUCAUUGUCACCACCCCGGAGGCAGCCCCGGCGCCCCUUGUUAGCAACUUCCAGGUGAUGGAGGCCUCGGAGCAUCGCCUGCGCCUUGCAUGGGUGCCGGUGUCUGGCAGCAGCGGGUACCGCCUGGUCUGGCGCCCGGCUGAGGGGGGUCCCCAGCGCAGCCAGCAGCUCCCAGCCACCGCCAGCUCCUACGACCUGGGGGGGCUGGAGCCGGGCCGACGCUACCACAUCAGCAUCACCAGCCUGGUGGGCAGCCGGGAGAGCGCGCCGGUCACCGUCACCGCUGCCACUGCAUCCUCUCUGAGCCAUGCCACCAGCCUGCGAGUGACAGAGGUGCAGAGAGAUUCUGUGACACUCUCCUGGACCCCUGUCCCCGGUGCUUCUGAGUACGUCCUGUCCUGGAGCCCCCCUGCAGCAGGCGGUGAGGCACGGCGCGUGGUGCCGGGCACUGCCAGCUCCCUCCAGGUCCCCGGGCUGCGCCUCGGCCAGCACUACACCUUCACCAUCCGCCCACUCCUGGGGAGCACACCUGGUGCUGAGAGCUCCAUCAGCGAGCGGCCAGUCUGCAGGGACGCCCGAGGGGACAUUGUCUUCCUGGUGCAUGGCACCCGUGACAGCUCUCCUGGUGCCGACACUGUCCGCACUCUCCUCUCCAACACUGUCACCGCCAUGGGCCGCCUGGGCCCUGACGGCACCCAGGUGGGCCUGGCCACAUACAGCUACCGCAGCCUGCCUUGGCUGCUCCUCAACCGCUCCAGCGAGCUGCCUGCCGUGCUGGAGCAAAUACGCACCAUGCGCUACGAGGAGCCCAGCGGCAAUGCCAUUGGGGCAGCCAUCACCUUCGCUAGGACCUACCUGCUGAGCCCUGGCGCAGGACGGCGGCCCGGCGUGCCGGCGGUGCUGGUAGUGCUGGCUGACAGCCCCUCUGGGGACGAUGCCAUCGCUGCCGCCAGGGACGCCAAGGCAGCAGGGAUCCGAGUGCUGGCAGUGGGCUUGGAGGGGGCAGACCAAGAGCAGCUCCGGCGCAUGGUCAACGGUGAGGACCCGCGCUUCGUCUUCCGCAACCGCGGUGCUCUGGCAGAGCUGGAGGGAGAGCUCACCGAUGACCUCUGCACCAUCAUCUCCACCAGGCCGGAGCCGGAGCCAAAGCCCUGCACAGUGCAGUGCCCCAGGGGAGAGAAGGGGGACCCUGGCAUGGCAGGGCCACAGGGGCGCGUGGGACAGCCGGGCCCCCCUGGAGAACCGGGCCGCCAUGGGCUGCCUGGCCCUCCAGGACCUGUGGGACCACGAGGGCCACCAGGAGAGAGCGUCGAGCAGCCGGGCAAGAAGGGGGACAGGGGAUUCCCUGGAGCUGAUGGGCGGCCAGGGCUUCCUGGCCCCCCUGGGAGCCCCGGGUCCCCUGGCCAGCCGGGCAACCAGGGCAACCCUGGCCCCCGAGGGGAUCCUGGUCCACGGGGAACAACGGGGCAUCCUGGCCUGAAGGGGGAAAAAGGAGAGCCGGGAGAGCCCAGAGUGAUCGUGGAUGGUGGACAGGGGUUGCCAGGACGGAAAGGGGAGCCAGGCACACCGGGUAGCCCCGGUCCCCCCGGCAACCCUGGCCCACGUGGUCCCUUUGGUGACCCAGGUCCUCCAGGUCCCCUUGGGCCAAUGGGGCCACCAGGAACUCCAGGAGAGUCUGUGAAGGGGGAGAAGGGUGAUCGAGGGGAGAGGGGUCCCCCAGGACUGGUGGAUGGGGCAGCGCCUCAAGGAGAGCCAGGCCCCCCGGGUCCACCUGGGGAGCCUGGCCCACGGGGACCUGCUGGCACUCCCGGCCCCAAGGGUGAGAAGGGUGAUGGUGAGGAGGGCUUCCCAGGGCCACCCGGCCGCCCAGGGGACCCUGGAGACCGGGGCCCACGGGGACCUCCAGGAGAGCAGGGCAGGAAGGGAGAGCGCGGGGCACCAGGCGAGCUGGGAGAGACGGGCCAGAAGGGAGACCGUGGUGCGCCUGGCCUUGAGGGUGAGAAGGGUGAGAUGGGAGCUCCGGGGCGGCCAGGGCCAUCAGGCAGAGAGGGAGCACCAGGACCAGCUGGACCACGGGGCGAGAAGGGUGAUGUGGGAGCGCCCGGUGAACCUGGCCAGCCGGCUCCCAGCGUGGCCAGUGUCAGAGGAGAGAAGGGUGACAGAGGAUUUCCAGGACCAGAGGGGCCUCCUGGCCCCAAGGGAGAUGUAGGGGAGAGGGGUGCCCGUGGUGUCCCUGGCCUGAGCAUCCCAGGACCAGCUGGCCCCAAAGGCGAGCAGGGCGAGCGGGGCAUCCCUGGCCUCACUGGCAGGAGCGGCCCCAAGGGUGACACAGGGGAGCCAGGCGAGAAGGGUGAGCCUGGCAGAGUGGGUACACCAGGACAACCGGGGCAGCGUGGCAAGGAGGGUGAGCGUGGAGAGAAGGGUGAUGAAGGCACUCCGGGUGAAGCAGGCGUGCCCGGCAAACCCGGAGACAGGGGCCCACGGGGGCUGCCUGGGUACCGUGGCCCCCCUGGAGAGAAGGGUGACCUUGGGGACCCAGGUCCUGAAGGCAGAAAUGGCAUUCCCGGAGCACCGGGCACCAAGGGUGACCGUGGGGAGCCGGGCCUCCCUGGACCCCCAGGACGAGCUGUGGAUAUGGGGCUUGGAGGAGCGGGGGAGAAGGGCGAGAAGGGGGACGCUGGGGACCCAGGCGAGGAUGGAGCAAAGGGGGCCAAGGGUGAGAGUGGCCCCCCCGGACUGCCAGGAUUGAGGGGCAUUGAAGGCCCCCGCGGCCCCCCUGGCACACGGGGUGACCCCGGAGACCGAGGCCUGCCUGGAGAGAAGGGGGAGCGUGGCCCACCGGGGCUGGAUGGCCGCAACGGGCUGGAGGGGAAACCUGGCCCCCCAGGACCCGCCGGGCUGAGGGGGGAUCCAGGGAAGCAAGGGGACCCUGGCCGGGAUGGGCUGCCCGGGCUGCGGGGGGAGCAGGGACCGCCUGGCACAAUAGGACCGCUGGGACCGCCCGGUAUCCCUGGAAAACCCGGCGAUGACGGCAAACCUGGCCUAAAUGGCAAGAAUGGAGAAGAUGGGACGCCAGGAGAAGAUGGGCGGAAGGGAGACAAAGGUGAUGCCGGAGCCCCUGGCAGAGAUGGCUACAGCGGUGCCAAGGGUGAACAGGGGGACAGAGGCAUGCCAGGCCUCCCCGGUCCCCCUGGUGUCCCCGGUGUCCCAGGGCAGGUUGGCCCCCCAGGCCAGGGCUCACCUGGCCUCCGUGGGGUUGCUGGACCUAAGGGGGACCCAGGGGAGCCAGGACCACGAGGGGAGCCGGGGCGGCCUGGCGCCAGCGGGGACCCUGGGACUGCAGUGAACAUCGAACGUAGCCUGGAAGCCCUCGGCAUCAAGAUCUCAUCCCUGAAGGAGCUGACGGGUGCCUACGAUGGGAGCUCGGACUCCUUUCUGCCCGUGUCCGAACGGCUGCGGGGGCAGAAGGGCAGCCGGGGGGAGCCAGGGGAGAGGGGCCCCCCGGGCCGGGAGGGUUCCUUAGGCUUCCCUGGUGAGCGAGGACCCAAAGGUGACAAAGGGGACCAAGGUGCCCCUGGUCCCCAGGGCCCCGCUGGCCGGGCUGUAGGUGAGCGGGGCCUGGAGGGGCCGCCAGGGCAGCCAGGGGAGCCAGGCAAGCCGGGCAUCCCAGGUGUGCCGGGCCGGGCUGGCGAGCUGGGGGAGGCUGGGAGGCCUGGUGAGAAGGGUGACCGGGGUGAGAAGGGCGACCGGGGUGAGCAGGGCAGAGAUGGCUUGCCGGGACCCCCAGGGCCCCCAGGGCCCAAGGCAGACGCAAUGGAGGGCAGCCUGAUGGGCUUCCCGGGUGAACGCGGUCCCCCCGGACUUAAGGGAGUGAAGGGUGAGCCUGGUGCCGAGGGCGAGCGAGGACCCAAAGGAGAUAAGGGUGAAGGCGGGUCACGGGGCGAGCGAGGAGAGCCUGGUGAGAAGGGCAGGGACGGCUCUCCAGGCCUCCCAGGAGAGAGGGGUCUGGCUGGCCCCGAGGGAAAGCCGGGCUUGCCAGGUUUCCCUGGUGUGCUGGGCCGCCCGGGCAACCAGGGAGAGCCAGGGCCACCAGGACCUCCGGGUGCUGCAGGCCCACCAGGGAGCCAGGGUCCAUCUGGGAUGAAGGGUGAUCCAGGGGAACCUGGUGCCAGCAUCCGGGGAUUGCCCGGUCCCCAGGGCAGCAUGGGGCUGCCUGGCCCCCCUGGCCCUCCUGGUCUUGUGGGCCCACCGGGUGCCCCUGGGCUGCCAGGACAAGUGGGAGAGAGCGGCAAGCCAGGUGUGCCUGGGCGGGAUGGUGUGCCAGGGAAGGACGGCGAGCCAGGGAUGCCCGGGAAGUUGGGUGUGCCAGGACCAUCCGGCCCUACCGGCCCCAAAGGAGAGCCAGGGGAUGUGGGAGCGCCGGGGCAGGGUAUCGCUGGCCCUCCUGGUGCCAAGGGCGAGAAGGGUGAGCCGGCGCUGCUGGAGGGUGUGCUGCUGGGCGAACCCGGCUCCAAAGGUGCACGAGGUUUGCCCGGCCCCAAGGGUGAGAAGGGGGAGCCUGGAGGAGCUGGGGAGCCUGGAGACCCCGGGGAAGAUGGAGCCAAGGGGGCAUCUGGAGUCAAGGGGGAAAAGGGCUCUCCAGGUGUCGGUGUGCGGGGACCACCAGGACAGGAUGGGCCUCCAGGCUUGAAGGGUGACAUUGGCUUGCCAGGACCUCCAGGACCCCCAGGUUUAGUGGGCAUCGCUGGGGCACCGGGACAGCCAGGCCUGAGAGGGGACAGCGGGCAGCCUGGCCCACCAGGAGCCCCUGGAGAGCGGGGUGUGAUUGGCUUUCCUGGGAGAGAUGGUGCCGCAGGGCCACCUGGACCCCAAGGGCCCCCAGGACCAGCGGGCAUACAAGGAGCCUCGGGGCUGAAGGGUGACAAGGGUGACCCAGGGGCUGGGCUGCCGGGAGCCAGAGGCGAACGCGGAGACCCAGGACCACGGGGUGAAGAUGGGCGCCCAGGGCUGGCAGGCGACCGUGGGCCAAUGGGCCUGCCCGGGAACCGAGGGGAGCGUGGGGACAAGGGAGACGUCGGGGCCGUGGGGCCCAAAGGAGACAAGGGUGAUACCGUUGUGGUGGAGGGGCCUGCUGGAGCGAGGGGCAGCAAGGGAGAGCCGGGAGACCGUGGCCUAAAGGGCACCGAAGGGGACAAAGGGGACAAGGGGGAGCAGGGAAUGCCUGGAGAGAAGGGUGCAAGGGGUGAACCAGGCGAGAAGGGCUCUGCAGGUUUCCCUGGGGCACGUGGCCCUGGUGGGCAGAAGGGAGAAGUUGGAGUGCCAGGGGAGCCUGGCGAGCCGGGCCAGCCCGGCCGGGACGGCAUCGCUGGAGUACGGGGAGAGAAGGGAGACAUGGGGCCACUGGGCUUGCGUGGCCCCAAGGGUGAGCGGGGCAUGAAAGGCGCCUGUGGUCUCGAUGGAGACAAGGGUGAGAAGGGAGAGCCGGGGCUGCCGGGGCGCUCGGGGCUGCCUGGAAGGAAGGGUGAGCCGGGAGAGCUGGGGUUGUCGGGAGCACCCGGCGUCCCCGGGAAGGAGGGGCUCAUGGGACCCAAGGGUGACCGCGGCUUCGAUGGGCAGCAGGGGGCCAAAGGAGACCAGGGGGAGAAGGGAGACCGGGGUGCACCAGGCGUGAUUGGUGCCCCUGGCCCCCGGGGCAGUGAUGGUUCUCCUGGCCCUCCCGGCCCCCCGGGCAGCGUUGGGCCACGAGGUCCUGAGGGCAUGCAGGGCCAGAAGGGGGAGAGAGGCCCCCCCGGGCAGGCGAUGAUGGGGGCCCGUGGUGUGCCCGGCAUCCCUGGCGAGCGAGGAGAGCAGGGCAGUCCUGGUGCUGAGGGGCUCCGUGGGGAGAAGGGGGAUCCGGGCAUGACGGAGGAGGAAAUCCGUGCCUUCGUCAGGCAGGAGAUGAGCCAGCACUGUGCUUGUGGAGGGCAGCUCCCACGACACCUGGAUUCCCGUGAGCACUCAGGAGGAUGGGGGACUCGGCCCAGAAGCAUCCUUCAGUCUGCCCAUGGAGGAGGGAGAAGUGUCCGCCAGGAGAAGGAGCAUGGCCGAACAGAUCACUUUCCCCGUUAUCCAUCCACUGAGCCAUUCCCAGAUCUCAGUACUCACGUCGUCCCCGUGCUUAAGGUGUCACAUGCGGAGGAGGAGGAGGGGCAGGACAGGCGCGUUGUUGUUGACACCAACGACCUGGAAUACGAGAGCGUGUAUGGGGAGCAGGAGGACUAUGACACAGCCCUGGAGGCAGACAGCUUGGAGCAGCUCGCAGAGGAUGCCGAGCCCUGCACCCAGCCCCUGGAGGAGGGGGGCUGCCAGCGAUACACGCUGCGCUGGUACUACAACCAAAGAGCUGCCGAGUGCCGGCCCUUCGUCUACAGCGGCUGCCAGGGCAAUCUCAACCGCUUCAGCAGCCAGGAGGAGUGCGAGCUCCAUUGCAGGCAGCGCGUGGGGACAGGUGCUGGCAGUGGGGAAGGACAGCAGCCAGAGGCGUAGCGUGGCGAUCCCCGCAGGAACAUGGUGCUAUUUCUAACGUCUCUUCUUGUUGCUCAUGGGUUUUUCCCUUUACACCGGUUCUAUUGCUCGUUAAGGUGAAAUUUCUAUCAAAUGGGAACACAACAGCCCCCUACGCCUUUUAUCUGCUUUCCAAACUGGAGCUCUCUUGGGAUGUUGGUUUGAUUUUUAACUUAUUUGCUGCCAGUGGGAUGGCUCUUGGCCCCGUGUUCCUUCUUUGGACUCCCAGAGCUGGGAGUGGGCAUGAUUGGGCCCCUUCCCCCAACCCAACACCUCAAAUCCCCAAGGCUGCGGGCUGCCCUCAUCUCCCUCUUGGGCUCCCAGCAUCCAACCAUGCAACCUGCUCCAUUUGAAUGAAUUUCACCUUCAACCCACCUGGGACCCAGUUCCCCUUUUGGGGUGUGAUGGUUUGGCAGAGAACUGCAGGAGGGAUGGAGGCCUUCUCCACGUGCUGCCCUCCAGCUCGCACCUCUGCCUGGAAACUGGGACUCACCAGGGAGACCCUGAGGAUGGUGCUAUGUUAGAGGCGGUUCCUGCUCGUCAGGAAGGCGACGCUGGCUCCUCCGCAGCCUAGAUGCACUGCUGCUCUGUGUAUAUCUGUAUACAGCGAAUGUAUAUGUGUACCAAUGCAGGGGUGGGACACGGUAUUAAAGAUGUGCUCAUGGAAA